UUCACAAGGAGUACUUGACAAUUGGAGCGUCCUGAUUGGCUAACGUGGGCCCUCCCUAUGCUCUUUAAAGCUGCCACUCACCUCCAGAGCUAAAAACGAAGCUCAUCCUUGUUCUGACAUCACAUCAAGUGUCCAGCGUCUGACCAGCUCUCAUUUUCUUUUCCCUGAGACUAAAUCCUUCCUCACGGCUGUAGACAUGGACCGUAUGGAGCUGAAGAACGUGAACACGGAGGCGGACGAUGAGAGCAGCGUGGAUGAUCGCUACAUGGAGCCCAUCGAUUCGGAGAAAGCCACUAUCAACAGCCAGUUUCUGGAUGAAGACGACGCAGAGAGUCAGAAGUUUCUCACCAAUGGCAUGAUGAAGAAGAAGAAAUAUGAGGAAUAUCAUGAAGAAUAUCACCCGGGUCACGCGUCAUUUGGGAUGUCUGUCUUUAACCUCAGUAAUGCCAUCAUGGGCAGUGGAAUUCUGGGACUGUCCUUCGCCAUGGCCAACACCGGCAUCAUACUGUUUAUAAUCCUCCUGCUGGGAGUCGCUAUCCUGUCGCUGUACUCCGUUCACCUGUUACUCGUGACGGCCAAAGAAGGAGGAUCGCUAAUCUACGAGAAGCUCGGAGAAAGAGCGUUUGGAUGGCCGGGGAAAAUGGCAGCAUUUGGAUCUAUAACUCUGCAGAACAUAGGAGCCAUGUCCAGCUACCUGUUUAUAGUCAAAUACGAGCUGCCAGAGGUGAUACGGGCCUUCCUUGGGCUGGAGGAGAGCUCUGGCGAGUGGUACCUGAACGGGAAUUAUAUGGUGGUGAUGGUGUCCCUCGGCAUCAUUCUCCCACUGUCCAUGAUGAAAAACCUCGGGUACCUUGGCUACACCAGCGGCUUCUCUCUGUCCUGUAUGGUGUUCUUCCUGGGCGUGCUGAUCUAUAAGAAGACGAUCCUCCCCUGCCCUCUUCCGUUCUUCUACCAGCAUGAGUCGAACAUGAGUAUAAACGGCUCGGACGCUCUGGGUCUGUACACGCUGCAGAACGCCUCGGCACUGGCGUAUAUCUCUGAAGGGGCGGUGAACGGACCUCAUCUGGAUCCUCACGCAGCGGCCCACGACAUCCACAGCGCGGUCGAGUUCACGCCCCACCCCGACGACCACGAGGACAUGUGCACACCCAAAUACUUUGUGUUCAAUUCACAGACUGCUUACACCGUUCCCAUCCUCGCCUUUGCAUUCGUGUGUCAUCCUGAAGUUCUGCCCAUCUACAGUGAACUCAAAGAUCGCUCUCGGAAGAAGAUGCAGAGGGUGUCAAACCUGUCCAUCUUAGCUAUGCUGGUGAUGUAUCUGCUCUCCGCCCUGUUCGGCUACCUGACGUUUUAUGAUCAUGUCGAGGCAGAGCUGCUUCACACCUUCACGAAGGUCUACACAUUUGAUACGUGGCUUCUGAUGGUGCGUUUGGCAGUGCUGACAGCAGUAACGCUCACCGUUCCCAUUGUGCUGUUCCCUAUUCGUUCAUCAAUCACCACGCUGUGUUUCGCAGAAAAAGAGUUCAGCUGGAUACGACACUUCCUCAUCGCUGCUGCCAUACUGGCCUUCAACAACCUCCUGGUGAUCUUCGUCCCCACCAUCAGAGACAUCUUCGGCUUCAUCGGUUCGUCUGCGGCCACCAUGCUCAUCUUCAUCCUGCCGGCGGCGUUUUACCUGCGGCUGGUCAAGAGUUUACCCUACAGAUCUCCUCAGAAAAUAUCUGCAGCCAUUUUCCUGGUGGUGGGCGUCUUCUUCAUGAUCGGCAGUUUGUCUCUCAUCGUCUUGGACUGGAUCCACAACCCUCCCGGCUCUAAAGGUGCUCACUAACCCAUCAUCUGAAGCCGCUUCAUCCCAGAGAUCAUCUCACAACAUGGACCUUCAGUUCUCACUGAACUCUGUGCCUCUGCCUCUCUCUCCCUCUCAGCCCUCGUUUGUUGUUUUAAAUUCUCCUAUGUGUUUUCUCAGCACUCGGAUCGCCGCGUUCGGGAUUCUCAGAUAGAUGUGAAGGUGAAUUCACGGAGGACGCGGUCAGUCGGUCGGUCAUUGUGACGUGAAUGUGAAAGAUGGAGAGAGAGAGUUGGGCAGCAGGGUUCAUCAUAUAAGCACUUCUGGAUUUUUAUCAAGACAUACCAGCAAAGUUUUCAUAAUCACGUUUGACUUCAUUAGCUGACUUUAUUGGUCACUGAUAGUUAGUUUGUUGUGUUUUUUAAAGGAAUAGUUCACUCAAAGAUGAAAUUUCAGUCAUGUUUUGUGAGGAAAAGCUGACAAAAAAGACUCGAAGGCAAUUAAAUGAUGAUCGUUUUUGAGUGAACUUUUUGUUAAAUAUUAUUGUUUGAAUCAUAUUUCCUCUUUGAGAGGGGGAAAAGGUCCAAUUAUCAAAUUUUUGUACCAAAACGAAGAGGUUGCGCGAACAGUCGGUCCACAAAAGCUCCGCUUUUUCCUCUCAAACUGCUGCAUAAAACCAGAUCCUCACAGCUGAACCAGUCAUUGAGAUUUUUGACUCGAUUCUCUUCAUUUAGAGGAUUUUAUCGUCUUUAAGCUCAGUGAGAGAACUGAAUGUUGGGUCUCAUGAAGAAUUUCUUGCACUCUCGAUCUCUUUACGUGCUUUUUUCCAUCACAGCUACAGUUGAGAUGAUUGAACCACCGAAGGCCACGCCAAACGGGCAGUGCUGCGCUUUUAUGAGAAUCUGCAGAUGUUUGUGACUCAUUAAUUACAGCUAAGUCACACGCAGGCCCUGACCUGACCUUAAGGGGACCUAUUAUGCUUUUUUACAUGUUCACUUCAUAUUUCUUUAGUGUGUAAUGUUGCUGUUUGAGCAUGAAAACGCCUCCAUUGUCAUCUUGAGUAUUUUUCCGAGAACGUACACAUCAAAAUAUUCCUCAUUUAAAUCGUUCAUAUGUAGAAUAAAGGGGCGGGGCCUGGUUGAGUCAGUUAGUAGUGUGUUGAAACUGACGGUUAUGGUAAGGGGCGGGACAUUUCCCAAACACCAAUCACAACA